CCAAAAAAACGUUUCACCACGAGGCAGCAAGCCUUCAACCGCCGAACGAGCGCCCAUCAAGAAAACUCCAUAAAAAAAGUCAGAACAAAAAAAGAAAAAACAAAAAUCAAACGAAAUUCAUAGAGAGUGGAUUCAGCUCCAAGCAAUCCAAAAAGUGCCAAACCUGGAGAAAAAACUCAUUCUCGGCGGUUUCGAAGUUUAACAAUCUUUAAGAAAUCUGUUCUUCAUAGAGAGGCGCCGUUUCGGAGAUCUUCAAGAUUCUGGUUCGUCUUCCGAGAAGAAUGCAUUGUUGAUAUAUUUUUAAUUUUUCGUUCAAGAUUCGGCGGAUUCCAUGGCUGCAUCAAACGCUCGCACCCAGUCAUUUGGUCAGACCGAGAUUAACUGGGACAAGCUUGAUAAAACUAAAUUUUAUGUCGUAGGAGCUGGCCUCUUUACGGGAGUUACAGUAGCACUAUACCCAGUUUCUGUUGUGAAAACCAGGCUACAGGUUGCUUCAAAGGACGCUGCUGAGAGAAAUGCAUUCUCUGUCAUCCGUGGCUUACUUAGAACAGAUGGGAUUCCUGGACUCUAUAAAGGGUUUGGCACAGUAAUUACUGGUGCUGUUCCUGCCAGGAUCAUAUUCCUUACUGCUUUAGAGACUACCAAAGUUGCGGCCUUCAAGAUGGUGGAACCAUUAAAAUUAUCUGAGCCCACACAGGCAGCUGUUGCAAAUGGCUUAGGUGGCAUGACUGCAUCUCUUUUCUCUCAGGCUGUCUUUGUUCCGAUUGAUGUGGUUAGUCAAAAGUUGAUGGUACAGGGGUACUCGGGCCACGCAAAAUAUAAUGGAGGCUUGGAUGUUGUUCGUAAGGUUUUGAGGACUGAUGGCAUCUGGGGAUUAUAUAGGGGUUUUGGCCUAUCAGUUAUGACUUACUCCCCUUCUAGUGCAGUUUGGUGGGCAAGUUAUGGUUCAAGCCAACGGUUCAUCUGGAGGAUCUUGGACAAUGGAAAUUCAGAAAAAGCUCCUGGCGAGGGGAAGAUAAUGUUAGUCCAAGCCGCUGGAGGAAUUAUUGCAGGUGCAACAGCAUCCUGCAUAACAACCCCACUGGACACCAUCAAGACACGCUUACAGGUGAUGGGACAUGAAAGGGGGCACAAUGCUAGGCAAGUUAUUAAAAGCUUGAUCAAGGAUGAGGGCUGGAAAGGCUUCUACAGAGGCCUGGGUCCAAGAUUUUUCAGCAUGUCAGCUUGGGGAACCUCAAUGAUACUGACUUAUGAAUAUCUGAAGCGCUUAUGUGCCAAAGAAUGAUCGAUUCGAGUAAGAAGUCCUCCAUGACAUUAGUUUCUAGCUUUGCAAGGGUUAGAUUCGGUUCCUUUAGCUAGGUAGGAUCAACAUAUUUUGGACGAUGGCUGUUUUUGAUAUACACCAGAAUUUAUUACAUUGCAACUGACUUCCAGAGCAAGCCCAUGGUAAUUUGGAGGCCGAUAAUGUGUUUUCAUAAUUCAUUUACUUAAACAUUUUUGGAAAAAGGACUUGAGAUCCUUACCGAGGUUUUUGAAGUUAAAUUUUGUUGUAUCGCUCCAUCAAUUGAAAUUUUUUUUCCUUCUCCUAUAGCGAGUGCAUAUCACUGUGCAAAGAAAAUUUUAUUAAUUACUCUGGAAUAAAUAC